CAAUGCACUUACGGAUGUAUUUUGCUUCAAAAGUAAUAUGAAAUCCCACUGCCUGGAGAUCUGCAACAGCUUCCUUAUUGUGCUGAUAUGCCUUAUAUUCAGUGUGCUUUCUACAAUUGAACAGUAUGCAGCUCUGGCUACAGGGACGUUAUUUUGGAUGGAAAUUGUAUUAGUAGUAUUCUUUGGAACAGAAUACGUGGUUCGGUUAUGGUCAGCAGGAUGCCGCAGUAAAUACGUUGGAAUAUGGGGAAGACUUCGUUUUGCUAGGAAGCCUAUUUCAAUCAUUGAUUUAAUUGUAGUGGUUGCUUCCAUGAUAGUUCUUUGUGUGGGGUCUAAAGGUCAAGUCUUUGCAACCUCAGCUAUCAGGGGCAUCCGUUUUCUGCAGAUUUUGCGAAUGCUGCAUGUUGACCGUCAGGGUGGGACAUGGAGGCUAUUGGGAUCAGUAGUUUUCAUACACAGACAAGAACUGAUAACGACACUGUACAUUGGGUUUCUGGGCCUGAUUUUUUCCUCUUAUUUUGUAUACCUGGCCGAAAAAGAUGCUGUAAAUGAUUCUGGAGAAACAGAGUUUGGCAGCUAUGCAGAUGCCCUGUGGUGGGGAGUAGUGACUGUUACAACUAUUGGCUAUGGGGAUAAAGUGCCUCAGACCUGGAUAGGAAAGACUAUUGCAUCGUGUUUUUCAGUGUUUGCAAUUUCAUUUUUUGCACUACCUGCGGGAAUUCUUGGUUCAGGCUUUGCCCUGAAAGUACAACAGAAACAAAGACAGAAGCACUUCAACCGUCAAAUUCCAGCUGCUGCCUCUCUCAUACAGACUGCUUGGAGAUGCUAUGCAGCAGAAAAUCCAGACUCUUCUACAUGGAGAAUAUAUAUUCGAAAACCUGCUAGGAAUUAUCAUUUACUAUCACCGAGUCCAAAACCGAAGAAAUCAGUGAUGGUUAAAAAGAAGAAAUUUAAGUUAGAGAAGGACAAUGGACCUUCUUCUCCAGAUAAGGCGUUAACUGUUCCACACAUUACUUAUGACCAUGUGACAGAUGACAGGAAACCUGAUUUCAGUAUUGAAGUAUAUGAAAACUCUGAUUGUCAGCGCUCCUGGCCAUCCUUUUCUGCAGACCCGCAGUCCUCCAGCGCUCCUCCCUCACCAGUGAAAAAAAGCCCAACGUUUUUAGAUGUGAACACAGGACCCUUCAUCAGGACCAACAGCUUUGCAGAUGAGCUUGACCUGGAGGGAAUUUUUCCACAUAACUUCUGCGCUAAACUAUUACGUCCAGAAUUUCAGAUUAUUCUCAAGGACUCUUUGAACAAUGAGGAUUUAAUUGGACUAUGA